UUUGCUCUUGAAGAAACAGGAAAAAAUCGUGGUUGUCUUUCACAAAUUGUCCUCCUAAAUGAUUUUCCUAAACUGAAAGAGAAACUAGAUAGUAUCAUUAAUGCUCGCAAGGAAUUAGAAAGAUUAGAAAAUCUGAAACCAAAAUUCAAUAACACAAACUAUCAAGAUUUUGAAGAAGAAAAUGAACAUUUUAAAAACCUUUGA